UAUUUCCCUUGCAUGAAGCUUACAUCCCCUCUCUCUCUCUCUAUAUAUAUCUACAAUUUUCGAACUCUAAGAUCAAUUCCUUCAAUCUUCUCUCUUUUUGAUCUCUUUCUCUCUCUCACAAACACACAAACAGACAAGAACACACACAGACACACACAGUAAUAGUGCAUGGAAGUAGAAAUGGAUGUUUCAGGAGUACACCACCAUUAUCAGCAGCAGGAGAUGUCUUCGCAUAUGCUUGACAGCAUGUUGGUGUGCACAAAAGCACAACAAGAUAAGAAACCAAAGCCACCGGAGGACGCUCUGAAAUGCCCAAGAUGUGAUUCCGGCAACACCAAAUUCUGCUACUACAACAACUACAGCCUCACUCAGCCGCGAUACUUUUGCAAAUCCUGCCGGAGGUACUGGACCAAAGGCGGAACCCUAAGAAACGUUCCUGUUGGUGGUGGGUGUAGGAAGAACAAAAGAUCAUCAUCGUCAUCAUCAUCAGCCACCUCACCCAUUUCAUCAUCAGCUUCUGCACUUUCAAAGAUCAGAGGGCCCCAAGAUCAUCAUCUCAAUAUCCAACAACAUCAUCAACAUCCACUCAAUAUCAUCACAUCAUCUAAUUCAAACAAUCAUUUGCUUUCUAGUGGUUUAGGUCAUUUACCUUAUGACUCAACCGAUCUCUCCCUUGCUUUUGCUAGACUCCAGGGUCAAGCAAAUACCCACUUGGGAUUUGACCAGUUUGACCAAAACGAUCCCACAUCAAACCAUAACUUGGGUUUUCUUGAUGCGAUUAGGGGAGGGUUUCUUGAGAACAUGCACACCUCGAAUGGAUUUCAUAAUGUAUUGUCUAGUGGGGGUAAUAUUGGAAAUGGAGAGAUGGGUAGUGUGGGAAACUUAAUCAUGGGUUUAAACAAUGGUAAUAGAAACCAUGAUCAAGAUCAAGAAAUCAUGAAUGCGAUGUUCCAUGACCAUCAACAACACAUGAUGAACAAUGGUAGUACUUGUAGUGCAACAACGGCAGUUACAAUGACAACAGUGAAGCAAGAAGCAUGCAAUAUGAUGAAAUCAUCUGAGUUUGGAGAGAGUAGACCAGGAGGAGGAGGAGGAGGGGUAUUAUGGGGAUUUCCAUGGCAGAUAGGUGGUGGUGGUGGUGGUGGAGAUCAAGGGAACAUGGCUCAUGAUGUUGAAUCCGGGAGAUCACAAAUUGGAGGAUGGAAUGGGAUUAGUUCAACAGCUUGGCAUGGACUCAUAGAUAGCCCUCUUAUGUAGCACAAGUAAAACUAUAGAUCAUCUUGUUGUUUAAUUAAUGUUAGUGCAGGAAAAUUUAAUUUACUUCUAAAAUCUUUUGUUUGGAUGGUGG